ACAUAUGAGAACAUGACAAGACGCAGAUGAGUUCAUAACAUCCGUCAGUGAAGUUCAGCAAGACAUCAACACCAAGGUACAUUUUUUUUAUCUCCUAACUCCAACAUGUUGUUGAUCUUCUUGUUGGGUCUGGCUCUGGUUGCCAUGUCUCCCUCGAACGGGAAUGAACUUGUGCUAGCGACAAACAAUUGUCCGGAAUUCUGGUACAGCUUCAACGACCGCUGCUACAAGUACAUCGCCACAAAGAUGACCUGGGCUGACGCCGAGCUCUACUGUCUGUCCAUUGACAGCAACCUGGCGUCCAUCCACAGUCUGGAGGAACAGAAUUUUGUCAAUUCCAUGAUCAAGAGCUUUGAUCCUACUCAGGCCUUCACCUGGAUUGGACUCACCGAUCUCCACAAGGAAGGAUCCUGGAUGUGGUCAGAUGGGUCCAAAAUGGAUUUUCUCUAUUGGGACGGAGGACAACCAGAUAAUGCAGGAGGAAAUGAAAACUGUGGACACACCAACAUGUACACACACUAUAAGUGGAAUGACUAUGUGUGCUCCCUGACAUUUUCUUUCGUCUGUAAAAAACACUGUGUUUGUUGUCUGUAGAGGCAGGGGAAAUCAUUUGAAUCUGCUGUGCAAUUUAACUUGUGUCGGCAGUCAUGAAAUACAUCUGUAUAAUUAAUAAAAAAUGAACCUGCUCUCCAAAAAA